GCGCUCGGAAGUUCGUCACUGUUUGGUGUGUUGGACGUGAAGCGCUCGAGCGGCGACGAGACUGGGGGAAUUCUGCUGCAGUUCGAAUCUUUGUUUGGGUUCAAAUCCGAGGCGACCACCGCGUUGUGUAAAGAUACACCUAAUUAACCCAGAGAGUUGAAGGGCAUCUGCAGCUGAGCAAAAGUAAUCUGUAUCAACGAAGCGAAAGUUGUUUUCACGAUGAGUGUGGAGGCGUACGGGCCGAGCUCGCAAACGCUCACCUUCCUGGACACCGAGGAAACGGAGCUUAUCGGAGCAGACACUCAGGGAUCCGAGUACGAGUUCACCGAUUUCACCCUUCCAAGCCAAACCCAGACCCAAGGCCACACACAGAGCCAGUUGGACAACCAGGUGAACGGACCGGACGAGGGUCUCCACAACGGGGGAGUGGAUGAUUCUGUGGCCAAGACCAGCCAACUUCUGGCUGAACUGAACUUUGAGGAGGAUGAGGAAGACACGUAUUAUACCAAAGACCUUCCUCUACAUGCGUGCAGCUACUGUGGCAUCCACGACCCGGCUUGUGUCGUCUACUGUAACACCAGCAAGAAGUGGUUCUGCAACGGCCGUGGCAACACAUCUGGCAGCCACAUUGUGAACCACCUGGUGAGGGCCAAGUGCAAGGAGGUAACACUGCACAAGGACGGGCCGCUUGGCGAGACGGUUCUGGAGUGCUACAACUGUGGCUGCCGUAACGUCUUCCUGCUGGGCUUCAUCCCCGCCAAGGCAGACUCUGUGGUGGUGCUUCUGUGCAGACAGCCAUGUGCCAGCCAGAGCAGCCUGAAGGACAUCAACUGGGACAGCUCCCAGUGGCAGCCCCUCAUCCAGGACCGCUGCUUCCUGUCCUGGCUGGUGAAGAUCCCCUCAGAGCAGGAGCAGCUCCGUGCGCGCCAGAUCACCGCCCAGCAGAUCAACAAGCUGGAGGAGCUGUGGAAGGAUAACCCCAGCGCUACCCUGGAGGACCUGGAGAAGCCCGGUGUGGACGAGGAGCCCCAGCACGUGCUGCUGCGCUAUGAGGACGCCUACCAGUACCAGAACAUCUUCGGCCCGCUGGUCAAACUGGAAGCAGACUACGACAAGAAGCUCAAAGAGUCCCAGACCCAGGACAAUAUUACCGUCAGGUGGGACUUGGGCCUGAAUAAAAAGAGGAUUGCUUAUUUCUCACUGCCCAAGACGGACUCAGGUGACAUGCGGCUCAUGCAGGGUGACGAGAUCUGCCUGCGCUACAAGGGAGAGAUGGCCCCGCUCUGGAAGGGCAUCGGCCACGUCAUCAAAGUCCCGGACAGUAUCGGAGACGAAAUUGCGAUCGAGUUGAGGAGCAGUGUGGGGGCGCCAGUGGAGAUCCCGCACAAUUUUCAGGUGGACUUUGUGUGGAAGUCAACGUCUUUUGACAGGAUGCAGAGUGCCCUGAAGACGUUUGCUGUGGACGAGACCUCUGUGUCAGGGUACAUCUACCACAAGCUGCUGGGCCACGAGGUGGAGGAUGUGGUCAUCAAGUGCCAGCUGCCCAAGCGCUUUACGGCUCAGGGUCUGCCCGACCUCAAUCACUCCCAGGUGUAUGCUGUCAAGACUGUACUCCAGAGGCCCCUCAGUCUGAUUCAGGGCCCCCCCGGCACAGGGAAGACGGUCACCUCCGCCACCAUAGUCUACCACCUGGCCCGCCAGGGCAAUGGGCCGGUGCUGGUGUGCGCUCCCAGUAACAUUGCCGUGGAUCAGCUGACGGAGAAGAUCCACCAGACAGGUCUGAAGGUGGUGAGGUUGUGCGCCAAGAGCAGGGAGGCCAUUGACUCCCCGGUGUCCUUCCUAGCCCUGCACAACCAGAUCAGCAACAUGGACAGUAUGCCCGAGCUCCAGAAGCUGCAGCAGCUGAAGGACGAGACAGGCGAGCUGUCGUCUGCCGAUGAAAAACGCUACCGGGCGCUGAAGCGUACGGCUGAGAGAGAGCUGCUCAUGAAUGCUGAUGUGAUCUGUGGUACUUGUGUGGGGGCCGGGGACCCCCGCUUGGCCAAGAUGCAGUUCCGCUCCAUCCUGAUUGAUGAGAGCACGCAGGCCACUGAGCCUGAGUGCAUGGUACCCGUGGUGCUGGGAGCCAAGCAGCUGAUCCUGGUGGGCGACCACUGCCAGCUGGGCCCCGUGGUGAUGUGCAAGAAGGCGGCCAAGGCGGGCCUGUCCCAGUCCCUGUUUGAGAGGCUGGUGGUGCUGGGCAUCCGGCCCAUCCGCCUGCAGGUGCAGUACCGCAUGCACCCGGCCCUCAGCGCCUUCCCAUCCAACAUCUUCUACGAGGGCUCCCUGCAGAACGGCGUCACCGCCGCUGAUCGCAUCAAGAAGGGCUUUGACUUCCAGUGGCCCCAGCCAGACAAGCCCAUGUACUUCUACGUCACCCAGGGCCAGGAGGAGAUCGCCAGCUCAGGAACCUCCUACCUCAACAGGACGGAGGCGGCCAACGUGGAGAAGAUCACCACCAGGCUGCUGAAGGCCGGUGCCAAGCCCGAUCAGAUUGGCAUCAUCACCCCCUACGAGGGCCAGCGCUCCUACCUCGUCCAGUACAUGCAGUUCAGCGGCUCCCUGCACACCAAGCUCUACCAGGAGGUGGAGAUAGCCAGCGUGGACGCCUUCCAGGGCAGGGAGAAGGACUUCAUCAUCCUGUCGUGCGUGCGCGCCAACGAGCAUCAGGGCAUCGGCUUCCUCAACGACCCGCGCCGACUCAACGUGGCGCUCACCAGAGCCAAGUACGGGGUGAUCAUUGUGGGGAACCCCAAGGCGCUGUCUAAGCAGCCCCUGUGGAACCACCUACUGAACUACUACAAAGAGCAGAAGGUGCUGGUGGAGGGACCGCUCAACAACCUGCGGGAGAGCCUCAUGCAGUUCAGCAAGCCCCGCAAGCUGGUCAACACCGUCAACCCGGGAGGGCGCUUCAUGAGCACGGCCAUGUACGACGCCCGCGAGGCCCUGAUCCCGGGCUCAGCCUACGACCGCAGCGGCACAGCCGGACGACCCUCCAACAUGUACUUCCAGACCCAUGACCAGAUCGGCAUGAUCGGCGCUGGGCCGGGUCACAUGGCCAUGAACAUCCCCAUCCCCUACAACCUGGUGAUGCCCCCCAUGCCACCUCCGGGCUACCUAGGCCAGAGCAACGGCCCCGCCGCAGGUCGCGGGGCCAUGAAGGGCAAACCGGGCCGCGGAGGCCGGCAGCGAAGCCGGGGGAUGGGCGGCGGCAGUCAGGGGGCCGCCGGGGGCCCGAGUCAGGCCAGCCAGGACGGGGCUUCCCAGCCCUUCUCCCAGGGGCCCCUGACACAGGGCUACAUCAACAUGAGUCAGCCGUCGCAGAUGAGCCAGCCUGGCCUCUCCCAGCCAGAACUGUCCCAGGACAGUUACCUGGGUGAUGAGUUCAAGUCCCAGAUGGACGUGGCUCUGUCCCAGGACUCCACCUACCAGGGGGAACGCGCCUAUCAGCACGGGGGAGUGACUGGUCUGUCCCAGUACUAGAACGUGACAGGACGAGGGGAGCCGGGCUUGAGCGGAGCCCGCUUCGUCGGCAUUUUAAUCUGGGUAACGAUGAAACUUAAAUGGAUACCUGUAUUCCUCUGCUACAAGCCAAGCACCAGAACGCCACAACGCGACAGGGAGAGAGCGGAAAGCCAAGCCAAAACACCGGCCGCUGGAUAAAAAAACCUCCACCGCACCGCCGAGAGACGGGAAGCGAGAGAGAUGGAGACAAAGAGAGAGACGGAGCGAGACGGAGGGAGAGAGGCAAGCGGGCGGACGGCAGUGACCCCUGCUCGGGGUUGCGAGUAUCGUAGGAAGUGGAGGGCGCGUUGGCGUGCGGUUGGGCUGCAUAGGAAUAAAAUAAAAAAUAAACAAACCAUAAAGACGAGGGACUCCUGCGGUCUCUGGAGGCUCUGCUCUAAAAGAAACUCAAUCCCCCCCCCAUCUACCCUCUACCUUCCCUACCCAAACGACCCAACCUUUACCUAACUUGACCUUACCUUUGCACCUCACUUCACCCUCCCUCCCUACCCACCCCACCCUCCCCUCCAUGGAAAACGGUCUGCCAGGGCUCUCGGCCUAUCAGGAUGGAGGAAUGGGGGGGGGGCAGACGGCGAUCCACGGGUGACGUGGCGGACGCGGUGGUCACGGUAACAUGGGCGCCGCGGUGGUCACGGUAACAUGGGCGCCGCCGCCCUCCCUCUCCGGGGCUCCUCCAGAUCAGGAGAACAGCAGCGGACCCUGGAUCCUCGUCUCCCGCCUCAUCAUGGAGGAAAGUCAAUGAGGAGAAAAAAAAAAAAAAAAGAGUUGAAUUGAGCCGCCAGUGACUUUCCUGGAGGGUCCCGGGUCUGGUCCGGUCCGGUCUCGAGCCACGGGCUUGGAUGGAUUACAGGGGAAGGGGCAGGGAGUGCUUGGACCACACGUAGCCUGGGACCUUCCCCUCCAGGCACGACACGCGUGGGACUCGGUGGGUCACCGCCGCUUGCCACUGGGCAGAUUCCUUCAUAUGUUCCUUUGUUAUGACUGAGCACCACAUGCUAAAGAAGAAAAACAGGAAAAACACAAAAAAAUAAUGCGUAGCUUGUGAACAUGACCAGCGUUCAAUAUUGUACCCGUCGUCCGCUAUUGUCCAUCCUAUCCGAGCGUAGAGGCUUGAGACAGCCUUUACUUGGCUUUUUUUUUUUUUUGCUUUCAAGUGGGGGUGUAUGGGUGCAUUUGUUUUGUUUUAGUGCUACGCCCGCUUCAGAGUGACUGCUCCUCCACUGGAGGAGCUUCUGCGUUGUGGGGGGUGGGGGGGGGGUGUGGAUCUCCCGGCGUCGAGAGACCCGUCUCGGCUUCAGAGGAGCAGGUCUUCAUCAACAACCACCAGAGGUUGGAGGAGGAAGGCGAGGCAGGGCUUCCUGCAGAGGUCUUCAAUGGGAACUUUCCAGACCGCGAGCCCUGGGAUGCGUGUGGAGUGAUGGGUAAGAGAUGCAUCGUCGUCGCCUCUGGAUGAGGGCAGAACAUCGUGUUUCAAGUCGCGUAGGAUUUGAGGAAGUGGAAGAAACGUGGAAUUUGGACACAUGACGGAAGCCGGUGGACUUAAUUUAAUGUAGGGCUUCGUCUGAGAGGAACUUUCUUUUGUUUUAAUUCCUUUUGUCGUGUAGAUGUUUGGACUACAACGGUGCGUUGCACGUCAUAUCGUUUGACGAGUGUAAGUCAAACUUUCUCACAGCGUCUUUUUUAUGGUGAAUCAUGAAACUGGCGCUCGUCUGAUCCUUUCUGUUUGAACCAGUGUGAACACCGAUGAAACCAUUGACGCCAGCAUGCACAGACCCCCCCUCCCCAACCCUCAUUGCCGCUGGUUCCUACUGGUUUCCAAGGUUACCGAAACCUCAGAUUCCACCCUUUUAAUGAGGGACACGUUCUUGGGGCCUCCUUCCUUCCUUUUGGACUGAUCGUUAUAAAUCCAGAUAGCUGCAAAUGCUUUUUCCUGUUUUGGUCAACAUUAAGUAGGUUUCAUUUUAUUGUGUUGGUUGAAAAUAGUUCUGUAUUUUUUCUUUUCAGUCAGGUUUGCUCCCUGUAGUUCACCAGGUAGCCCACCUUUACAUAUGUGCGCACCUGGGUUCUGCUGGCUUAUGUUAUAUGUACUGUGUGCUGCUUUGUGAUUCAAUGGUUGUACUUUAAGGCCAUGUUUUUAAUUUGUCGCUUUCUAAUGCCAGCAGCUUAGCACAGGGCUUGUCCUGUUUUAAAAUAAAAUUAAGUAAAUGUCCCUCCCCUAUUGAUUGUGGUUGUGUCCCAAGGCUUCAAGUCUUUCAAGAAUGUUGUCUGAGCAGAGAAUGUACACCCACUAGUCGUAGCCUCAACUGUGACAAUCAUGUAGACCUUUAGUAGUCCUGGCUAGGUAUUAACGUGUGGAACAGUCUGUUUUGCCACAAACCACCUCUGCUUUGAGUUUUUAAAUUUGCACCUGCUUAUAGUUAAAAUCAAAUAAACUUGAUAUUCUGCUGGAAGGGUUUCAGAGAUGACCAUUCAUGAAGGAAUCGGAGACAGAGCAGAUUACACAAUACUUUAUUGAUUUGCCUGAAGGUAAAAAUCUGGGUAGUUAUGGAUCAAGGAGUUUAUAUUUUACAUAAUUUACAAGGUUCUGGGUUAGCCUCCUUUCUGCUGGUGAGGUUAAAUCGAUGUGUGAUUCUGUUUCAAACUGAAUCCAUCAAUAAAGGUUGAAUUGUCAAGUUGA